UACCAACAUUCGGAUCCUCUUCCACUAGCAGGUCUUCCACCUCCACCUGCUGACGAUGGUGCAGGAUUACGAAUACCCCUACCUCUAACGGAUGAGGGUGGUGGUCUAGCAGGACGCCCAACGCCAGAGUCAUUAUUAAAUGGACGAGCUAUCGAAUCGUUAUUAAAUGAUGGAGACGUGGGGUAUAUAAAUAUGG